AUGUCGGAGACUGUGGAGUACCAAGAUGAUGAACGGAAAAGUCAGGGGUCUUUGGGCCUUGCCCCCGACCUCGAGAAGCCCGUUGCUCAGUGCACUUCAUCCGAGUCCAUCAGCUUGGGCGACCAGGCGAAGCAGGGCGCCGAUCUAGAAAAGCAGAUGACAUUAGGCCGAGCCAUCAAAUUAUAUCCCAAAGCUAUUUUCUGGUCUAUUGUUCUGUCAACCGCCUUGGUGAUGGAAGGUUACGAUACCCUUCUGAUAGCCAACUUCUAUGCGCUACCGAAAUUCAGCGAGAAAUAUGGCACAUUUAGUGCAGCGACUGGAGCAUACAAAAUAUCAGCUCCAUGGCGCUCUGGUCUGUCCGAUGGUGCUGCCGUUGGUGAAAUCCUUGGACUUUUCUUGACUGGUAUCAUUUCGGAACGCAUCGGUUAUCGCAAGACGAUUCUCGGGGCUUUGGUCAUGAUCACCGGGUUCAUUUUCAUCGUUUUCUUUGCUGUGGACAUCAAGAUGCUUCUCAUUGGUGAGAUCCUCUGUGGUUUACCGUGGGGUGUGUUCCAAACAAUCACGACUGCCUAUGCCUCCGAGGUGUGCCCGGUUAGUCUCAGAGCAUACCUGACCACUUACAACAACUUGUGCUGGGUUAUCGGGCACUUUAUCGCUUCCGGAGUGCUCCGUGGAAUGGUCGACAAUACCACGGCUGAUGCCUAUCGUAUUCCCUUUGGAAUCCAGUGGAUGUGGCCACCAAUCCUCAUUGUCGGUGUUUAUUUCGCACCAGAGUCUCCUUGGUGGUUGAUCCGCAAGGGUCGGUUGGAUGAGGCGAAACGUUCACUGCUGAGGCUCACAACUACAAAUGACCCUGAAUUCGACGUGGACAAAGCCCUCGCGAUGAUGCAACACACAAAUAAACUGGAGCAAGAGAUCUCUUCCGGUACCAGUUAUCUUGACUGCUUCAAGGGCGUGGAUCUUCGCCGAACUGAGAUCUGCACGGCUGCUUGGGUGGCUCAAAGUAUCUGCGGAUCAACUUUCAUCGGCUACUCAACCACUUUCUUCGAACAAGCUGGACUUCCUACCGUGGACGCAUUCGACAUGUCAAUCGCACAGUACGCCAUCGCAGGAGUGGGAACUAUUUUGUCAUGGUGGGUCAUGACUUACGUUGGCCGGCGAAAGAUUUACCUCGUUGGAACAGCCACAAUGUGUAUGAUUCUUUUCAUUGUCGGCAUGCUCGGCAUUGCCCCGACAAGCAACAAGGCGGUAUCAUGGGCUAUUGGCUCAAUGAUUCUUGUUUUCGCCUUUGUAUACGACUCUACGGUUGGACCCGUAUGUUACUCUCUCGUCGCUGAGAUGUCUUCUACAAGACUGCGAGCCAAGACAAUUGUCCUUGCGCGCAACUUUUACAAUAUCGCGGGGCUUGUUACAAACGUCCUCAUCAAUUAUCAGUUGACUUCCACUGCGUGGAACUGGGGCGCAAAGGCCGCUUUCUUCUGGCUUGGAACUUGCUUCUUGUGUUUUGUUUGGACCUUUUUCCGAUUGCCCGAGCCAAAGGGCAGAAGCUACAGUGAACUCGACAUUCUUUUCGAUCAAAAAGUUCCUGCGCGCCAGUUCAAACAUACAAGAGUCGACCCUUUCCAGACGAGAGAAUUUCCAGUUGUUGAGAGCAAGGGAAAUGGGGAUGUGGACGUUGUCUGA